UUUUUAAAUCUUGAAGUCCGAGCGGGCAAUUAAAAACGCAUGCAGGCCAAUUUCCGGAGGACUGAGAUUGCGACGAACAACCAGGAAGCGGCCCGGCUGGGAGCUGUCCCCGGUUCUCCGCUCUGCUGUCGAGGCCGCCUCCGGGGUCCUUACACCGUGUUCCUCUGUCCCGCGUGGCCUCUGCCACGACCUGGGCCUCGGCCCGGGCCGAUCACUCCGGAGCCGCCAUGUCAUCCGAUUUCGAAGGCUACGAGCAGGACUUCGCGGUGCUCACGGCAGAGAUCACCAGCAAGAUUGCGAGGGUCCCCCGACUCCCUCCUGAUGAGAAGAAGCAGAUGGUUGGCCACGUGGAGAAACAGCUCGAAGAAGCGAAAGAAUUGCUUGAACAGAUGGAUCUGGAAGUCCGAGAGAUCCCACCCCAAAGUCGAGGAAUGUACAGCAACAGGAUGCGAAGCUACAAGCAAGAAAUGGGCAAACUUGAAACAGAUUUUAAAAGGUCACGGAUCGCCUACAGUGACGAAGUACGGAAUGAGCUCCUAGGGGAUGAUGGGAAUUCCUCAGAGAACCAGUUGAUAAAAUUACGUGAAGAGAGGGCACAUCUGCUCGAUAACACAGAGAGGCUGGAAAGGUCAUCUCGGAGACUAGAGGCUGGAUACCAAAUAGCAGUGGAAACCGAGCAAAUUGGCCAGGAGAUGUUGGAAAACCUCAGUCACGACAGAGAAAAGAUACAGCGAGCACGUGAACGACUUCGAGAAACAGAUGCUAACUUGGGGAAAAGCUCCAGGGUCCUGACGGGGAUGUUGCGAAGAAUCAUCCAGAACCGCAUCCUGGUCGUCAUCUUGGCCAUCAUCCUCGUUGUCACCAUCCUGAUGGCGAUCACUUUUUCUGUCAGAAGACGCUGAUGGAUCUGCUCUUCCCUGAUAAACAGCAACAACGGCUUGUUCUGAGUAAUUAAGACAAAAUGGUCACAUGAAUCAUUCUUUUGCGCCGACAGGCCCUGAACGACCCUCCCUCUUUUCACCACUGUUCGGCUGAAGGGCAGAGUGUAAAAAUAUUUUCUAUUCCUGCUUGCGUGUGGGUCGGUUUCCUUUUCUAGGUUUGUCUUCACCCAGAUUUGUUUUUUGUAGGAGAAGGUGAAUGUUUAUUUGCCUUUCGGUAAUUUCAUCUACUAACCAAAAUAGCUUUGGUGACUUUCUUCCUUGCCCCGUGGACGUGUCAGGGGUCAUGGUUUGGGAUAGGGCGCGAUGAGUCAGUCGUGGGGCAUCUGAUGGGCUGUGCUGUUUGUCACACAUCUCUUGUCUCCAAAUUGCCCUUCUGUGAUGUCCAAGGAUAAAAAUGCAGAGAAAAACAGAGGCCACCGCCAGUGACCCACUCCAGCAAACCAGCCCUGUUGCUACCCAGGCAUAAUGAAUAUAGUCUACCUGCCUGAGUGCUUUCAUUGUAAAGGUGGAUAUUUAAUGUCACUUGUGCAGGAAAUUGACUUAGCACUUUCUCUGUUUUUCUAUGCAUGUGUGUGUGUAUAUAUAUAUAUAUAUAUAUAUAUAUACUUUUUUUUUUUUUUUACAGCCAAGAAUAUUUUUGCUGAGUCUGCCCAAGAUCCACUUUUCAUAACUUUGCUUACUGGCUACAUGAAAUAUUUCCUUACCUUCCCCAAAUCCCACAGUCCCUAGAAUUUGCUGGCAAAGUAAGCCUUGGCACAAUAUUUAAUUGUGACCCCCUCUCCCCUGACCUGUGUAAGCAUCUCUGUAUCCUUUCGGUUUUAAUAUCUGCACCGCCAAAAGCAGCCCUCAUACAUGCAAAAGGUCUGACAAGGUUCCCUCCACAUCCAUUCCAGUAUGUAAAGAGAACAUGAAUAUUUCAGGAAGAGCAAGAACAUGAGUCCGUCAGUGUGAAAUUUCAAAUGUGAUUAUAAAUAUGGCAUAGAGUCCUAUAGGAUGAUUCACUAGAAAUAAACUUUAUGGAAAAUGUU